AUGAUUGUGCAUUGGCCGCGAGAGACUGGCGACAAUGCAAUUGUGCCUGCUCGGGACCGAUUAGACUACGCGGGUGCAUACAAGCAUAUAUGCUCAAACUCCCGGCGGCGCGUUCUUGGCGAGAAUGCGAGCUCUGAUACCCCUGCUGUGCCCACGGCGUUGGGCGGCGCUGCUGUGUUAAUCCUUGCGACGCCCCAAGUUGACUCACUUGCGGCACUGCGAAUCCUUACACAGCUUUUGGCGCAGGAUGAGGUGCCUUUUCGUAUAGCGCCUGUCAAUGGAUAUCGAUCUCUACAGCACGUCCUGGCUCAAGACGUGCACAAUCAUCUUGAGCUGCAUACCCUCAUUUUCAUCAACCUCGGAUCACUCCUUCCACUUCCAGAGACCGUUCCACUCCCACCACAUUGUACUCUUCAUGUUAUCGAUUCGCACAGGCCAUGGAACCUCAGUAACUUGUUUGCCACAUCAGGCAUCAAUGACCACAUAUGGGUCUGGGACGACGGCGACAUCGAGCAUAGACUUGGCAAGGAACGUGAAGCUUAUGAAAUACUUGAAUUUGAUUUCGAAUCCGACUCGGAGGAAAGUGAAGUCGAGGACGAUGAGGAAGAUGAAUUUGGCAAACGUACACGGACCCAUAGUCCGCCUCGAGAGACAAAACGUGCACGACUGGAUCCAUCUCAGCGCCAGUCUUACCGAGCCAUCUUGGCCAAGUACUAUGCCAAGGGAAUUUGGACAGGUAUGAGCACAGCACAGAUGAUGUACAUGCUUGCCGUAUCCCUUGGUCGCAGUGAUCGCGACAGUCUAUGGCUUGCUAUAUUGGGCCUCACGUCACAAUACGUUUCGAAUGCAAUUCAUGCAACAACUUAUGACGGCUAUGCAGCCGCUCUUGCCUCAGAUGUUGUGGCCAUGAAUGCUGUACAUGACCAAACUGAUACCCAGACGUCUCUGAGAGGGAUCAAUGUCCACGGAGCAGACGACAGCUCCAUCCGUGUCCUUCCAGAAGAGCUUCGUUUCACAUUAUACCGGCACUGGAGUCUCGAGAUGAGCAUGUAUCAUACGAGUUACGUGGCGGCCAAGCUUGGUAUUUGGCGGGAAAAAGGUAUUCAUAAGCUUCGCGGACUUCUCGCAAAAAUGGGUUUAUCUCUGGCCAAUUGCCGACAAACUUACGAGCAUAUGGAACUGGAUCUCCGUCAGUCUCUUGUCCAGCGCAUGGAAUCAAUCGCACCCGAAUAUGGCCUGGUUGACUUGUCUUUUAGAUCAUUUAUGCGUGCAUAUGGUUUCCGGUCAAUGCCAAUUAGUGCAUCUGACGCGGUAGAAGGUAUUUCUGCUCUGCUACAGGCGGCACAUGGCGUUCGAAUCGAGAUUGAUGGUGUGCACAUCGUGCGCUCUGAAUCAUCUACUAAAAGCGGGGCACAAUCCUUCCUGGAUGCAUCUGUGUCGUAUGGAGGCCGUACAUUAUGGGCAUUAAGCGACGACGGCGUCCAUUUACCAACUCGUCUUCCUACAGAAUCUACUGAAGGUGAUGCCAGCGUUGAGGAAAACGAAGAAGAAAAUGAAGAAGAAAAUGCGACAUCUGCCGUAUGGAUCAAAAGCUUUUUCGAAGCCUAUCGCGCCAUGGACGUACACAAACCACAGAAUGUAUCGCUGUUACAAGCCUCGCUCAAAUUGGCCAAGUCACUACAUCAAGCCAUUGUAUCACAAGGCGUUAGUAUCAUAAUCAAACAGUCGAUCAAGACACUCCGCUCAUUUCGACUAUGCAUUCUCCAGGAUGGAGCGAAUCUGCACCUAUUUGUACAUCCCGACACGCUGACCCGCCUGGGGUUUUGGUUAAUUGACGCGCUACGCGACAUUGUAAGCGAGCAACACGUACGACGCAUGGAAGAGAAGCGUGAAAGACGGAGAAGCAAAGGUGAUACGGACGAUUCAGAUUUAUCCUCCUCUAUCGUGUCUCUCCCGUUUGUGCUAGCUGCUCUGGAUGCAACCCGUGAUGUAUUUACAGUCGUCGGUAUCGUCGGUGCCCCAGACUAUGGCGAUGUACUGAAAAAUCGAUUUGGACUUGCUUUUCAGGAUGCUGCCCAGAUAAGUGGCGCACGCAUGCGUAAUGAUCGUUUCGAGUCGAGUGUGCUCGAAGUACGCCGCAGCGAUCUCAUGCCCUUUGUUGAAGCACUCCACCUCAAAGCAUGA